AUGGAAAGGGGAGCUGGGCUGGGAUCCCUGUCUCCAGGGAAGAUGAACAAGAUGAAAAACUUCAAGAGGAGAUUUUCGCUCUCGGUGCCGCGCACGGAGACCAUCGAGGAGUCCCUGACGGAGUUCACCGAGCAGUUCAACCAGCUCAACAACCAGAGGAAUGAAGACCUGGCUCAGGGGCACCUGCAGCUGGCACAGCUGGGCAGGGAGGUGGCAGCUGACGGCAGCCCCGUGUCCCCGCCUGAGGGACAGGGCCGGUCCCCGGUGGCCGCCGUGCGCUACCGCAACCACGGCCAGCGCCGCUGCUCCAUGGAGGACGUCAGCAGGCGCCUCUCGCUGCCCAUGGACAUCCGGCUGCCCCCGGAGUUCCUGCAGAAGCUGCAGAUGGAGAGCCUGGAGCUGCCCAAGCCCCUGAGCAGGAUGUCCCGCCGGGCCUCCCUCUCGGAUAUUGGCUUUGGGAAGCUGGAAACCUACAUUAAACUGGACAAACUGGGAGAGGGCACCUACGCCACGGUGUUCAAGGGCCGCAGCAAGCUGACAGAGAACCUGGUGGCGCUCAAGGAAAUCCGCCUGGAGCACGAGGAGGGCGCUCCUUGCACGGCCAUCCGGGAAGUGUCGCUGCUCAAGAACCUCAAACACGCCAACAUCGUCACCCUGCACGACAUCAUCCACACCGAGCGCUGCCUCACCCUCGUCUUCGAGUACCUGGACAACGACCUCAAGCAGUACCUGGAGAACUGCGGGAACCUGAUGAGCGUGCACAACGUGAAGAUCUUCAUGUUCCAGCUGCUCCGUGGCCUGGCUUAUUGCCACAGCAGGAAAAUCCUGCACCGAGACCUCAAACCCCAGAACCUGCUCAUCAACGAGCGAGGGGAGCUCAAGCUGGCUGAUUUUGGAUUAGCCAGGGCCAAGUCUGUCCCCACCAAAACCUAUUCCAACGAGGUGGUGACGCUCUGGUACCGGCCCCCCGAUGUCCUGCUGGGCUCCACCGAGUACUCCACGCCCAUCGACAUGUGGGGGGUCGGCUGCAUCCACUACGAGAUGGUGACGGGCCGGCCGAUGUUCCCGGGCUCCACGGUGAAGGAGGAGCUGCACCUCAUCUUCCGCCUGCUGGGAACCCCCACAGAGGACACCUGGCCUGGGAUAACGUCCAACGAGGAGUUCAAGGCUUACAACUUCAGCCAGUACCGAGCCCAGCCCCUGAUCAACCACGCCCCAAGGCUGGACUCAGAAGGCGUCGACCUGCUGACAAAUCUGCUGCUGUACAGAGCCAAGGGCCGGAUCUCAGCCGAGGCAGCCCUGCAGCACCCCUACUUCAGGAGCCUGGGAGAGAGGGUGCACCUCCUGCCUGACAAUGCCUCCAUCUUCUCCCUGAAGGAGAUCCAGCUCCAGAAGGACCCCGGGCACCGGGGCUCGGCCUUCCAGCACUCAGCCCGCGGCAAGAACAGGAGGCAGAGCAUCUUUUAAACUGGGAUUUGGCAUCGCCCUGGUUGCCAUGGAGACGGAAACGCUGGGAAAGGAGCGGCUCCCACCCCACCCUGGGCAGAAUUCCC